UGAAUAAGUCACAUCCGUUCGAAUUUAUCUAUAUACCCCUUACUGGGAAAACACUAAUCAUUUAUACCCGAACUAUGUCUUCAUACGGUUUAUACCACCCUCAUCAAAUGCCGCACCAGGGCAAUUUCUUUGGAGGCUUCGAUGAUGGAAUCUUGGCGCGAGCGGAAGCACUGGCUGCCGUGGACAUCUCCAAACCCUCCAGCAUGAAACCAGAGGGUCUUUACGGCCACACUCCCGAAUUCACCGGACAUAAUAUGCAUAUGUCUCGUUCAAACAUGGGCAUGCACAGUCAUCCGAGUUCCUUUGGACCUUCAGACAGUAUGCUAGAUCAGCUAACGGGAAGUCCCACAAGCAUGUCUCUCGGACCGGUCACCAGCAUGUCCGAUCAUCAUAACCAGAUGAGUCACCAUCACCAGAUGUACAACUCAAUGUACAGCCAUCCCAAUACCAUCAACAACCACCCGGGCUUUCCACCUCAUCCCGCCUCCAUGCACCACCCGGUACACGAUACAGAUUGUGAUCCGCGGGAACUGGAAGCCUUUGCAGAACGGUUCAAACAACGAAGAAUAAAGCUGGGAGUAACGCAGGCCGAUGUGGGCAACGCGCUGGCCAAUCUGAAAAUCCCCGGUGUCGGGUCGUUGAGUCAAAGUACGAUAUGCAGAUUUGAAUCACUAACUCUUAGUCACAAUAACAUGAUAGCUCUGAAGCCCAUUUUACAAACUUGGCUGGAGGAUGCCGAGAAGGAGGCACGAGAGAGAAAGAUGGAAGGAGAAGCAAACAUGAUGGGCGGACCCCUGGAUAAAAAACGGAAACGCACUUCUAUAGCAGCACCAGAAAAACGCUCACUCGAGGCUUAUUUUGCUGUUCAGCCUCGACCCUCGGGGGAGAAAAUCGCUCAAAUCGCUGAAAAACUCGAACUCAAGAAAAACGUAGUGCGUGUCUGGUUUUGCAAUCAAAGACAAAAACAAAAACGUAUGAAGUUUUCGGCUACCACGGCGGGCAUGGUUCAUCAUUAAUUACUUCAUUGGUCGUGUUAUAUGUUAUUUUAAAAAGUGUGCUAAAUAUUAUAUUAACGACAAAAUAGAAGUCGUGACAGUAAUUUAUUAUAAUAAAAAUAAAGCAAUUGUCUAUAAGACGUGUGCUAACUGAAAAUGUGCAAUUGUGUUUCCAGAUGCAUUCUGGCCUCUCAACCAGGUUACCUAAAUUAGUGUGUGAUACGUCAAUUUUAUUAUUAUUAUUAUUUCUAUUAUUAUGGAAUGUUUUAUUUUGACAGAACUUUGACAUUAGUGAUUCUAUACGUAUAUAUAUAGAUAUAUACAGUGUGAGUAUUAUUAAAAAUAUCAGAACUAUUUGCAUCAUCAUUUCAAGCUAAAGGAAUUCUUUUGGAUUCUUUCAUCUUCAAUUCAUGGUAUAUUGAGCAUCACCGUACUAAUUACCAUUACCACAACAAAUCUUCAUUAUCAUUACUCCCGUUGUUACAAAUUAAAUGCAUUCACUCUUAAUACGGAUUCACUUUGCUCAAUGUUAUUUAUUUUUUGUUAAUUUUUCAUUGUGAUGUUAUUUGUAAAUAUUAAUAGAAUUUCUGAGUGUAUAUAAUUAAUAUACUUAUAGUCAUAUACAGCUAGGUUUUAAGCUUUAUCGUCAGUCUUUUGUAGUUAAAAGCCCCUUUUAAUCAAUACAUUGAAUGUUUUUAAGAGAUGUCAUUGGUGUGUAAAAGAGCAUUAUGGCUCUUGUUUCUGCGUUUAAGCAUGGUAAGCCGGUUGUAAAAAACGAGAUUAGUCUGUCAAUGUUGCAAGACAAAUCCUCUUUAGUGAGACGGAGCUUACCGAGUGAAGUAUUUAAGUAUUUAAUAAUGCCUUGAGUGGUAUUCCCUGCAAUUAACUUUGAAGACUGUUUAAAUGAAUUUUACUCUCUGAUUCAUCCCAAUUUUCAUUUUAAUAAACCGUUAAGCAAAUUCGCAUAGCUCGCGAAAACGUAUCAUCUUAUCCAAUAAGGACUAUAAUAACUAUGUAAUUUUAGGGUAAGACGGUUAUGCUCCCAUUUCACUGUUCCCAUAUCGAGCAUUAAAAUACAAGGGAGUCGUAUAUAGAGACGCUUUCACUUUAUCACCUCCGGGGUUACAGUUAAUAAAGGCUGACCCCUGUUCAUUUCACACUUAGAACAUCUGCCGUUUUGUAAAGGAAAUUUGUUUAAGGUCGGUAGAAAAUUGAAGCACCCUUAGAUAAUUCAUCGCUUCUCUCUCUCCCUUAAAUAAGACUUCACACGGCAUCGCUAAGACAUAUUGAUUACCUUUGUAAGAUGCUAAAAAAGUAAAGAAGGGCAUAUUUGUUACUUUGAAUAGUAUAGGAAGAAAUUCCCAUUCAACGCUAUUAUAUUAUAAUCAUUAACAAAAACACAUCCUUUCAUCCUGUUACUAAUAUAAGUUGGUCAAAAUUAUUAUUGUAAACAUCAAACUAUUAGAGAUCUUUAGAUCUCAAUGAAAGGUGUUAUUUAUUGUUUAGUUCGCCUUUACGAAAUAUGAAUCCUGUUCCAUAUAACAAUAUCAGUUUUCAUAAUUGCUUGGUAAAGCGAGUUAAAAAAAUAUCAUGCAAAUGAUACUUGCAUUCACGUCUGAAUAUUAUGAGUUCUAGAAAACCGACAAAGCCAAUUUAAAACACCUCGUUGUGAAAUAUAUUUGCCAUAUUUUUAUUUAUGUUUAUUUAACUCAUUAUUUAUUUAAUCUUUUUUUUUAAAUAAAUAAUAUUCAAUAUUUAUUUUAAAUCCACACUCAAUGAUCUCUCAAGUCUUUUGUCUGUAUUCAUGUCGUGUGUUUAUUAUGUGAUUUUGUGCAUUUGUAUUUUUUAGAAAAAAAACCUCAUUAACAAGAAGCCCGCGGCCUCGGCAAAUUACUUAAUUAAAUAUUUAUGACUAUUCUGAGUCAAGGAAUGUCAUUGUAUCUGUUGUGCACAUAUAUCUAAGAUGACUUAUUAUCUUUUAUGUUUAUUAUGUUUACGCUUUAUUCCAAUUUGUACGUUUUGUGUACGUCUUGUUUUCACUCGUUUUUUUAUGUUUUAUUUUUAUUUACUAUGUGGUUUUUUUUCAUCGAACAGUUACCAUUCCGCAUGUAGGUCGAAU